UAUCAAGCAUAUAUUCUAUAGUUUUUUAUUAAUUUUUUUUUCGUAAUAGCUUACUUAGUCCUAUAAAAUUUAUGACUAAUUAUAUAUUCAUUUGUAAAGAAUGUGAAACUGAUAAUAAAGAAAACCUCUUCCGAAAAUCUGCAACUAUGUUACAAAUUUUAAUUACAACUAUUGGAAAUUUAAGAUAUUUGGAAAUUAUAAAAAAAUCAAACAAGAAGUAUUUCUCAAAGGAAAAAGAAAUUAUACCAUUUAUAGAAGGAAACCUGGAAGCAUUAUCUAUUACCACUCAAAAAUAUUUAAAUUGGAAAGAUUAUAUUGAUAAGAUAUUGAUGAGUGAGACAGAUAUAUUUUCACGAGUAAUCAAUGAUGACUUAGAAUUUUCUAUGGAUGAACAUUAUGGACUCAAAGAAGAAGAUUUAUUGAAAAUAGGUCCUGUCUACGAUACUAUAUCAAGAUCUAUUUUUUUUCGAUCAUUAUCCACUGUUGAAACGGAGAGUAUGUGUGACACAUCUACGGAUAUAAUUUCACUUUUGAAUUCAAAUGAUGGUUCUUUAGAUCCAGGAAGGGUCAAUCCAUCUAACAAGCGUAAAGCUAGCUCUAUUGAUAGCUCUGAUUUCAAUGGUUUCUUCGAUGAUAAAAAUGUAAACAAUGGUGAAUUAAAAGACCCUGUCCACAUUGACAACGUUCAACAGAUGUUUGGAAAUAUCGCGAAUAAGAGGAAUAAGAUUGAACCUACUAUCACAUCUACGCUAACUUUCUCAAAUGUUUCGUCAGUCGUUUCAAACGUUACAAAUAUUGUAAGCACUCCAAAUUUUGCGAAUUAUGGUUCGUAUAACCCCACUGAAUACCCAUUUAACAAGGAUGGUUAUCGCUACAUUCUGGCGGAACCAGAUCCGAAUGCCCCAUAUGCUUCUCAAUUUCACAGUGAAGAAAGCGGGUGGUUAGCUGGUAAACCCAUACCCCCCUUUCUUUACAGAACCUUUGUCCCACCGCAUGUCACGCUUUCACUCAAUGAUAGAGCACAUCAAUUGAAGGUUAAUGAUAAUCGCCUAAUAGUGACUGGAGAGAAAGGGUACUCUAUGAUUAGAGCUACUCAUGGAAUAAAUCAUGGAACCUGGUAUUUCGAAUGUAAAAUUGUAGAAAUGUCUGAAAAUACUGCUGCUAGAAUAGGAUGGGCUCAGCCUUAUGCCAAUCUACAAGCGCCAUUAGGUUACGAUAAAUUUGGCUAUUCUUGCCGCUCUAAGCACGGAACCUUGUUUCAUCAAUCAAAAGGGGUUCAUUUCAACAACUCUGCUAGUUAUAAUGUAGGUGAUGUGAUAGGUUGUUAUAUUCAUUUGCCCUCUUUAAUUUAUACGAGUAAACUGAAUGCUAAAACUACCCAUUUAAAAGAGAAUGAUAAGGAAUUGCUAUCUCCCGGUGGCCAUUCUCUGAUCGACGAUAGCUGUAAAAUUAAUCCCUUAGUCAAAUUUAAAGGAUUUUUCUACUUUGAACAAAAAGAUGAAAUUGAAGCGCAAUUGAAGAAAAUGAAAUCUCUACCAGGAAGCAUAAUAGCCUUCUAUAAAAAUGGACGAUUGGUCGAGAAGAAAGACAUUUCAAAAGAAUCACUCUCUUAUGGUGAUUAUAGCCAUAAUAACCAAUUUUCAAAUAAUCAUCGUGAAUUCAAAAUCCAUGCUAGCGAAGAAGAAAUUAAUCAAAGUAAUACACUUAACGAUUCAAAAAUUCAGGUCUACACAGCUUUCGAUAAUGUAUUUCAGGGAACCUACCAUCCAGCCAUCUCUAUAUAUUUCAAUAGCGUUGUUUCAUUUAAUCCUGGUCCUCAGUUUGAAUACCCUCCUUCUAUCUUUCCUUGUAACAUGAAGGCAUUACCAGUCUCAGAUUUAGUUAGUUAUUGUUCUGCUCAACAAGCCUUAAAUGAUAUUCUAUAUUUUGUAUGUAAUCGAGAUAAGUUAAAGAUAUAAUCUCGAGUAUAUUUAGAUAUUAAAUUGUUAAAUUAUGUUUAUAAAUGACACAUUUUGGAUUGUAAAUAUAAUUAUUUUGAUUUUUGUAUAUUAUUAUUUGUCAUAUGUGAAUAAUUCCGAACCCACUUUUAUAA